CAUCCGGGCACUCGAAAUAUAAAGCCUCGUCACUGCACCUGCGCAAAGAGCCUGCAGUCCCUUCGACCUCUACCGCUGCCGGCGAGCCAGGAGACCCAACCCGCACCCGCAGCGCUCCCGCAGCCGCCCCUUCAGCCGCCCGGCAGCAGCAAGCAGAAGCCGCAUCCCCACCGACCAUGUUCGCCUGUGUCAAGCUCGCCGCCGGCUCGCCUGCACUGAUGCGUGCGGGGUCAAGAAUCCUGUACAGACCAAUUUCUGCCUCGGUGUUGUCUAGGCCGGAAAUCAGGACUGGCGAGGGCAACACGACUUUUCUUACUGGACCUCAGGAUACCAGCACCCAGUUAGCACUAAGGAAGUUUCAAACUAGUGCAGUCAGCAGGGACAUAGACACGGCUGCCAAAUUUAUUGGUGCUGGUGCUGCCACAGUAGGAGUGGCCGGUUCUGGUGCUGGUAUUGGAACAGUCUUUGGGAGUCUAAUCAUAGGCUAUGCCAGAAAUCCUUCCCUGAAGCAGCAGUUAUUCUCGUAUGCUAUCUUGGGAUUUGCCCUGUCUGAAGCUAUGGGUCUCUUCUGUCUGAUGGUGGCUUUCCUGAUCCUGUUCGCCAUGUGAAGAGAACUGCUGAACUCUGGGAUUAGUGAACUACGAAUGUGAUUCUGUGUACUCGGGCUCGGAAAUUGUUUAUCAUGGAAACGUAUGCUCCUUCCAAAGCAGUUUAAUUAAAGAUGGUAACG